AUGCCUGUGUUGCAGGCCCUGAAUGUGCCUGGUGAAAAGGACAGAUACAUUCAUUCGAUGCAUUAUGCACUGGAACUUGUCUGCUCGAAGAACACGAACAAGGAGGGACGUAUCAAUUGCCUAAAAAUGUGCGCUCAUAUUGCGCUUGCUCUUUCGCCCGAUGAAAUGUGUGGCCCCCUGAAUCUACUCAUCGAUUUCUGCGUUGAGAUGAGUGAUUUUUGCCUGGUGAUCGCACGUUGCUUUGCUUGUAUACUGACCGGUAUAAUAUUGAACUUGAACAAACUGAUUGUCAGUCGAUCUCGAGAACACACUGCAAACGGUUCAAAUCGUGCGCCACUCACCGAGAAACAGCAGGAUGUUCUGUUCGGGAUACUGACCACGCGUCGUCUAGACGUUGUUAGUGCCAUUUUUCCUUUGUAG